AUGAAAUGCAUGCACAUGCAUGCACCUUGUUUCCACCACAGAUCGGCCGCCGUUCGUGUUGAUCAGGCAGGGACUUGCAUGCAGAAAGCAGAAAUUUCUCGAUUCCUGUGGGUGAAUCGCCACAGUGCGAGGCUUGGAAGGCGCAAUCUAAUUGGACAAGCCUCUGGGUCCUCUUUGGGUCCCCUUGCGUGGGCCGCGCGAACACGAGUGCGGGUGUCUCCUUUUCCCUUUUUCUCCUGCGACUGGCCUUGUCUCCUCCUGCCCUCUUACCCAGGCCUGCUCUCACCACCACCCGCUCGGCCAACCAUUUCGCGGUUGGUGAUACGACUCCAGGGAAAGAAAAAAAGGUCGGAUCCUGCGCUGUCUUGGCCUCGAGGUGGUGUCGCUGUGGUUCUGCAACAUUCGUUGUUUUCAUUCGUUUGCCCUUUAGUCCGUCCUUCGUUUUAUCCUCCGUUUGUUUGGUCGUCUCAUCCCACGCUGUCAGCCCCAGCCGGACCAUCGUUUCGUUACGCCGUCCUUUCCUUUUCCAAGGGCCAUCCCGAUCUUGCUGUCUGACCUCUCUGUCAGUCGCCAGCCCUCACGACUCGAAUAGGCAGACGGCAAAACUUGAACGAGCCGACGACCAGUUCAGCCAGCCCGCGCUUUCGAAACAGAUCGCUGCGCCUGUGACCGUCUCGGGUUGUGUGUCGCCCUGGGCGCUCACUGUGCACAGCGCGCCACAGCACCAUCUCGUAUUGAACCACGCAGUGCCACGAUCGAAGCCUGGCCUCGAGCGUGUUGUCGCGAACAACAACACAUUGAGCAAAACGGAGGCUGUCGGCCUGUAAUUACCUGUUGACGAUACUCGCUGCGUCUCCCGGGUCCCGUCGCCAACCGUAGCCAUGAGGUCGUCGCGCGUCUCGCUGAAGCGCUCGCUUCUGUUGGCCGCCUUCGCUGGCCUCUCGGUCUUCUCGGCCACGGCAGCAGCGCAGAACACGAACAGUCCCAGCACAAAUAGCGGUAAUAAUAAUAGUAACCCUCCCGCAACGUCGUCUCCAGCGAACACAAACACCCCGGCGCCGGCCUCGUCCUCGCCGGCCUCUUCCACCCCCACCGGACCAGCGACGAGCAGAAUCACGGGAGGGACCGCCGACACGUCGGUACGCGACAUCCCCAACAUCACCAGCCCUGGAAGCGGCGGCGGACCUGCCACGCUCCCGACCCUGUCGCGCACGCUCGACGCCAUCCCGACCUACCCGCCGCCCGGCGUCCCGCCCACCAACCAGGCGCCCUUCAUGCAGCAUUCGACCAUGCCCGAGGGUACCGUCUUCAUCGCUGUCGGCGCAAUCCUGGGUGCCUUUGGUCUGACCGUUCUUGUGUGGCGCGCCGUCAUCGCCUGCCUGCUUCACCGCGAUGUUGAGCGCGCCGCCCUCGCCCAGCAUGCCGCCAACGACAAGGCUGCCGGCUCCUUCCCCACUCCGCCCGCCCCAUUCUACAAGUCGUACAACGAGAGCGGCUCCAACCCCAACCUGCUCGCUGGUGGUAUGGGGGCCGGCGCUGCUGGCCUGGGCCCUGCCGGCUCGUCGGCCAGCCUGGCCGGUCGUGGUGUCAGGAGAACCCACCGCGGUCCGACGCCCUCGGCCACCCCGUCCCAGUCCAACCUGUUCUUCUCGCCCACGGCCACCUCUGGCCUCGGAGGCGGCGGCGGCAGCGUAAGCAACCGCGACAGCCGCUUCCUGCCCUCUGGAUUCUACGCCGCCGGUGCGGGUUCGCCCAACCCGCCGCGCCACGAGCACAGCAUCAGUCUGUCCAACCUGCGCCCCGACAGCCGAGGACACGCCAGGGCAGUCUCUGGCAUGACACCUCCCGAAUCGCCCGCGAUGCACCCCACGCGGCAGGGCAGCAACCUGGGUCACGCCGGCGGCCCCGGGGGCGUCCAGCGCAACGUCAGCACGACCAGCCUCAACCUCAACACCCCGCCCGUCGGCAGGGCGCCCAGUGCCUACCUGGACGACAUGCUCGACGACCCGACCGGCCAUCCCAUGCCGUCCCCGUCUCCAGUCGCCCGCACCGGCUCCUACUACGGCCCAGGCACGCCGAGCCCCGGGCCGCACCAGCCGCUGAACCCGCACAACCACAGCCCGCAGUCGAGAACCUUCAGUCCUUCCCCACACGGCGGCCGGUUCUAGAGCAAGCGCCCGUUUUGAGGUUUCUUUUUCCAUUCGCGACUGUCACAUCUUAAACAACCACUCGGUGCUACCCACCCGGGCGACGCAUGUUUUCCACAUGAGAGGUACUUGAUAUCCGUUUCACCCGCAUUAGAAACAAAAUAGGAGGGAGCCUGGCGACAACUCUUGCUCUUGUUCCUUGGUCGCUCGACGGCGUCGGCAAAGUCUACGACCAUAGACUUGAUUUUCUUGGCUUGAAAAGCUUGGGAUGCUUCGUUGCUCCCGAAUUUCUCUUGUGUCUCGGCGGCUGUUUGUGUAUUUCCGUCUCUCCUGGUUUCCCCCACGUCUUUCUCUGGGGACUCUGGCCUUCUCCCGUCCAUCCUUCUUCUGUAUGACACUCAUUCCGGGCGGCGGCGCGUUUCUGGUCGCCCCGGCCUUUGCGUUCUCAUGACGUACACAGUAUAUAACCUUUGUAUUCUCCUCCGUGAUUGUGGUGUGUCUGUCCCGGGGUUGGCGCGUCGCGUGUGUUUGGGGACUAUUAUCUUGUUUUAAUAUAUGCAU